CAGCCAGAGCCGCGGGAGACACCGGGCGUGCUGCAGUUUGCUGCCGUCUCCGCAGGGGCGUCGCGAAGCGCAGCCUGCGCCUCUCCCCACCACCUGCAGUCCCUCCUCCCGCCUCUGCCGGGCAGAUAAAACGUGCGUCCUCGGCCUCCGCAGGUCCUUGCGUCCCCGGGCCCCCGCCCCGCGUCUCCUCUCCGGUUUCCACCCCGGCGCUCUCGUCCUCCCGCGCCUCCCCUCCCCGGCCUCCCAUUCAUUUUGUCCGCUCCCUCCACUUUCUUUCUUCCUGCUCGAGCCCUCUCCCCAGAGGCUCCCCGCGUGGACCCCGUUGCAGUCUCGGGGUUCUUAGCACAUUCAUGGAAGUUUAGGGCCUGGACGUUGCCCGCAUGUCCGGCCGGAGAGCGCAGCCCGAGCUGCCGGCCGGGAAGAGGAAGAUGUCUGUGCUCAGGCGGAUGAUGCGGGUCUCCAAUCGCUCCCUGCUCGCCUUCAUCUUCUUCUUCUCCCUCUCCUCAUCUUGUCUAUACUUCAUCUAUGUGGCUCCGGGCAUCGCCAACACAUAUCUCUUUAUGGUACAAGCUCGAGGAAUAAUGUUGAGAGAAAAUGUGAAAACAAUAGGACAUAUGAUCAGGCUUUACACGAAUAAAAAUACUACCCUCAACGGUACAGAUUAUCCUGAAGGCAGUAAUUCAAGUGAUUAUCUUGUUCAAACAACAACAUAUCUUCCAGAAAACUUCACAUAUUCGCCAUACCUCCCCUGCCCAGAAAAACUACCUUACAUGCGGGGAUUCCUCAAUGUCAAUGUAAGUGAAGUCAGUUUUGAUGAAAUUCAUCAGCUCUUCUCCAAGGAUUUAGAUAUUGAGCCAGGAGGUCACUGGAGACCUAAAGACUGUAAACCCAGGUGGAAGGUGGCAGUUCUCAUUCCUUUCCGUAAUCGCCAUGAACAUCUUCCAAUUUUUUUCUUGCAUCUGAUUCCAAUGCUCCAGAAACAGCGGCUGGAAUUUGCCUUUUAUGUCAUUGAACAGACUGGCACACAACCUUUUAACCGUGCAAUGCUCUUCAACGUGGGCUUCAAAGAGGCCAUGAAAGACAGUGUCUGGGACUGCGUUAUCUUCCAUGAUGUAGAUCAUCUACCCGAAAAUGAUCGAAACUAUUAUGGAUGUGGAGAAAUGCCACGUCAUUUUGCAGCAAAGCUGGAUAAAUACAUGUAUAUUCUUCCAUAUAAAGAGUUUUUUGGUGGUGUAAGUGGACUGACAGUGGAACAAUUUAGAAAGAUCAAUGGUUUUCCUAAUGCCUUCUGGGGAUGGGGAGGAGAAGAUGAUGACCUUUGGAAUAGAGUUCACUAUGCCGGAUAUAAUGUAACCAGACCAGAGGGAGACUUAGGAAAAUACAAAUCUAUUCCUCAUCAUCAUCGAGGUGAAGUCCAGUUUUUAGGACGGUAUAAAUUGCUAAGGUAUUCAAAAGAACGUCAGUAUAUCGAUGGAUUGAACAAUUUAAUAUAUAUGCCAAAAAUACUCGUUGAUAGGUUGUAUACAAAUAUAUCUGUAAACCUCAUGCCAGAGUUAGCUCCAAUUGAAGACUAUUAAAACAAGUCACUCUGUUGGCAAGAUAGACCCGAAUGCUGGAUCAUAAACUUGGAGUGCACUCUUCAUGGAGGUCAGUGAAUGGAUGUGUCACAGUGCCCUGUCCUGUGAGAAGAAGAGCCGGCAGUCCUCAGUGUUUACAGUGAGGGUUUGUAGUCUUCUUCCUCCCCUCCUCUGCUUUGAGACACACUCCCAUGGCGAGCACUGCAAAGACCAGCUGCAAUUGCUUAAGAUUGGAAGUUAAGAGAGCUCCCUACAAAGAAAAAUUUUUAUACUGAAAUCUAUAAUUUAAUUCAAGAGAAUGCUUUAUUUCUGUUUAAACAUAUUUUGUACAUAUGUGAUGUAAAUUAAUGUGUUCAAAAUGUUGAAAAAUAAGAUGUGUUGCAGUUUUGCAUGUAAUUGGUUAUGCCUUUAUUGGACUUUUAUAGACUUUUUUUUAUUUGCAUGGAAAAAAAACAAUGUAAAUUUAUGUCACUAAACAAAGGUUAACCCUUGUGUGAAAUGAAGGAACUGUCAAUAAUUGACAGCCAACUAAUACAGUUAACUGUUAUACUAGUUUUGAGCUUUAGACCUUCAGCCUUCUGUGUGGAAGAAGUCACAGCUUUCUUAGGAUCUUAAAGGGUAAGAAGAAAAGGCUUAAACAGCUUUUCUUCUUACCAGGAUCACCUGUAUUUUUCCUUGCUUGCAAUCUCAUCAGAUUUUGCUAGAUCACAACCAUAUCGUUUAUGCAUAUUGCAUGAGUAUUACCAAGAAAAUCUUAAAAGUUGUGAUGUGACAUGAUAUAAAGGACUUCUUUAUGUUAAAUGUCUUUCAUUUACCUCUGGUGUAAGUGUCAGGGAUUUUGUGCCUCAAAAAAAUGUUCCCAAGGUUGUGUGUUUGUACACUUUUUUGUUGCUGUUGUUUGUUUUAUUAUUUCUAGUUCAGAAGAGCCAAAAAUUUUUUUUAAAGAACAAGUUAUAGAAAACCCAAUAGUACUUAUACCAAUGAAUUAUACUAUUAGAUAAGAAAUUAAAUGUUCUAUUUUUAUGAAGAUAAAAGCUUAGUAGAUAAAAUUUUUAAGUUUAAUUUUCAGACUCAUAGAAUUUCAAGUUUGGGAAGGAUUCAUUUUAAUGUUGGCCAAUAUCGUUUAAACUUUUUUCACUAAAAAAAUUACAUCUCUGGUGUUAGUUAUUAAAAUUUUCUCACUAAAAACAUAAUUUAAUAGAAUUACAUUAUAAUACAUAAUCAGUUAUUUAAAUACAUUAAUGUUAUAAGACACUUCUCGGAAAACAGGUCUUACUACCUGCAAUCGAGUAUAUUACUUUAACUUAAAUUUGGGUGAGGUUUUUAUGGCAAAACCAAAUAUUAUUUUUAUUUUGAAAAUUGUCAAUUAUUUUAAACCAAAGAUUCUUUAAAAUAACUUAAGAUAUUUUCACAAAUUUAAAACAAAAAAUUAUGUAUGUAUAAAGUGAAUCUUCAACAACAGUGGAGAACAAUAAAGAUCUAUUUUUGAGAGA